UAGCCUACCUAUGCAAUUUUUAUUUGACCCCAUCAAUCAGUUUAAAAAAUUGUUUCGACUAAUGCAAUUUCUUCAGUUGUUAGUUAAUUUUCUUAAGUUUUUAAUUGUUUACCAUAUUUUAGCUUUUAACUUCACAAAAGGAUGGAAAGAUAAAGAUUCACUGAUUGAGAAAUACGAAAGACGUUGUGGAUUGACAAAUAAGAUACCGUACCUUAUCAACCAAUUGCUCGUCUACACGUCACAUCCUAUGUUUGUUUAGCCACAUAGUUUUUGAUUAUCGAAAUGCACAAGGAGAAUAAUAUUGGUGCUCUAUCAAGUUAUUCAGAUUAGUAAACUUUUUCAAUUCAAUCAUAAUUUUAAUUCGAAUUUUGUGUCUUAUUGAAAAAGUGGUUUGAGGUUAUCAAUCAGCUGAGCUGAAACAACAAGAUAGGUGUUUUGGUUUUCGUCUGUCAGUGACAUAACCUAAAUUUAAUUAUAUUUGGGUAACGUAGUACGCCCUAUGUGAAUAAUAUUUUAUUUUUUUGUUUUACCUUGUUAAAUUUCCAAGUUAUAGAAUUGCUGAACAUGGAUUUGGAAAGUAAAUACAACACAAAAAGUCCGGGAAAAUCGAUUGAGGAUGUAGAACUCUCAUCUGCUGUAGGCCUGUCCUCUAUUAAUGAAUACCUGAAUAGCCGAAAUCUUUUGCUGAAUUCAACAGUAAAGCGUUUGAUGCGUGAGGCUCUGGAGCUGAGAUCGGCGACAGAUGAGUACUGCGCUCGGCCGCUCGACGACAACCUGUUCGAGUGGCACUUCACGGUGCGCGGUGCCCCCCACACCGACUUCCAGGCGGGCAUCUAUCACGGCCGCAUCCUCCUGCCACCCGACUACCCCAUGAAGCCACCCAACAUCAUAUUACUCACCCCGAACGGUCGCUUCGAAACCAACAAGAAGAUCUGCCUGAGCAUUUCCGGCCACCACCCGGAGACGUGGCAGCCAUCUUGGUCGAUCAGGACGGCCAUGUUAGCUCUGAUUGCGUUCAUGCCGACCCCGGGUAAUGGCACCAUCGGAUCACUGGAUUACACUGCCGACGAGAGGAAGCAGCUAGCACGCAAAUCACAGUCAUGGAAGUGCGAUAUCUGCGGAAAAAUGUCCGAUCAGCUUGACAAGAGCAUUGACAAUAGUAACAACAGUGCCAUAACACCGGAUGAGUCUAAUCUCAUAAACAAUGUUAUAUUUAAGGGAGAAGAAACUUCAGACAAUAAUAGAAAAGAAGCAGUUACCGAAAAUAGUAGUCAAGUUACCGAAAGCCUUACCCAAACCAGUUGUGCAGCUCAAGAGGCUGCUUCUAGCAAUAAUGCAGCGCAACCGCAACCAGUGGCAGCUGCUGCAAACACACCUGUUCCAGUUCCUCCGUUAUCCAAUCUGAUCUCAGACUCCACAUCAAAUCUGCUCAUCACAAUCCUGGUUGCAGUAAUUGCGUUCCUCAUCUAUCGCCGAAUCUUUCUUUUGUAGACAUCCAAAAAUACAAUCAAACAUAAACAAUAUAUUACUAUGCUUUCAUUUAGUUAUUACUUUAUCGGCAGGCGGUGCAAAGGUAUAAAUGAACUUUCAUCAGUUUACUUGGUGUUGUUUAUGAACGACUCUUAAGAACAACUUUAGCCAAACAUCUUUUCCUAGCAACCAAUUACAGGUACCAAUCAGUAACUUAUUCUAGGAGUUGGUUGUUGGGCAAUCAAAGUGUGAUUAGCUAAAAAUGUUUUCUGAGGCCUGUCUCAUAAAAAUCCACAAGUCUUGAAAAAUGGCUAACAUUCUUGUGUAAUCACUGGACAGGCAUUAUUCUAUAGGCGUGUUUACAUUCCUAGCCUAAAAAAAAAACAUCACCUUAGGUGGUGAAUUUAUACGAAUUUCAGUUGAUCACUAAUCAGCUGUCUGGGAGGGUCUCAGUUGGUCGAAAUCUCACUUUGUCAGGUUCCCGUUGCCAACCACCAACAGUAGGAUAAAAAGAAGGACUUUAGUCCUCCCUACCUCCAAGGACAAGGUCAAAGAAAAAAAUAAAAUAAAACAUUAAAAAAAAGGAAAAAAUCCAUAAAUAUCCGAGAGAAGGAGAAAAUAGGACAUACUUGGAAAAAUGGAAGUUGAUAGUGGGGUUAUUGGGUGGGUAUGUAUGGGAGGCCUUUAGCCAGCAGAGAUCAUUAUGACUUGUGUGUCUGAUUGUGCUACAGUGCGCUAUUGUGUCAAAAUCAAAGUAAGUAAACGUUCAUGGUAUUUAAUUCAGUUUGUUUCCAUGUGGAAUAGUUCAGUUUUAGUGUUAACAAUAGUAGUUGCUAAAGAUAUCUCCCUCACUCAUGAAAGAGCCUAUCAGUUUUCAUAUUCUCAGAGAAAUGAGUAUUUAUGUAUCCAUGCAAACACAAUAGUAUAAUGUGUAGGAAGCCCACUUAUCAUAGACUCCCAACUUAUACAGCUAUUAUGACUAGACAAAUAAUAUGUAGAGUCAUUGAUUUAAUUGUGCUCUGGCCACCAUUUACUCUAAUCACCACCACUUACUUUAUUUGGUCGAGGUCAAAUGAGUCACAUGGUUGUUGCCGGUGAGCGCAGUGCUCACCAUUGGUUUUUGCAAUCAUAUUUUCAAUUUUACAUGUAAUUUUGCAUGGAAAACCUCAAUAUUCAUAAUACAAACAAUCCAUUUUACAUCAAAAUAAGUCAUAGAAAUAGUAGUUAAAUGAUAUUAUUACAGUAAAAGCAUGACCAUUGGAAAAAGAUUUGUUUUUGUAACGAAAAAUUGAUAUUUUUCAAAUUCAAUCAUUUUCUAGUCCUGAUGAGUUCUCUCUCAUCUAUUUCAUCUUCCUCAAUAGCAAAGCCAUCUCCUAGAUUUUCAAAUAUAUCGACUUGUAACCUCAUUCUCCCACGGAACCAGUCUUCAUUUUCAACCUCAUCAUCAGGUAUAAGAUGAUUUAACAUCCUGGAAACAACGAAUCUAGGCUCUAUCUCAAUACCAUUUUCAAAUCCUCAUGGCUUCCAAUGGUACUUUGGUCUUGAUCUUCCUCAUUACAACUCUAUAUGCCAGGCCCAGGGGUCUUCGUUUGACUCCUGAACAAUGGCUCUCCAAGAUGCCCUUUUACUUUCUCUUAUCUUAGAAAAAUAUUAUCUCUCCAUGACUUUGUAUUCAACCGAGAUGUAUGCUGGGUCAGAAAUUGACUGUAGCAGUCUGCGUUUUCUUCUUACAGCUCUUUCCAUACAGUGUGUUCAUUAUUCCACCAUCUUGUGGAUUUGUGCUUUGAGACUCUCCUUCCAAGCACCCGCUCACAUACCAAAGUUGAACAAUUCAUGAAAUUAGUCACAGCAACAUCUAUCUGAACAUCCAAUUGAAGUUCCUCCAUUUGAUGCACAAUCUCUCUUGAUAAUCGAGUCCAGGCAGCAUUUCUUGUGUUGAACAGUUUUUCAGGCCUAACGCCGUUCUGUGGUCUCUCUCCAUGCAUUUUGAUGCUGAUUUUGCUUUCUUCCUCUGAUUUUAUUAGGCAAAUGUUCGUGUGAUGAGUUAUUUAGUCAAGAACCAUUUCUGGGAAAAAGAGACUCCAAGAAUCUUUUAUCGUUUUACAAUUUUUUCCAGGGAGCUGAAAUUUUACCAGAAUAUUUCUAUAUUUUCAGAACCCUACUUUGUAAACUGUGGAAAAUUUAAAAAAGUUUGGUGCAUGAAUGGGCACGUAAUAUAAAAUCAAACUUGUAAACCUCUUCAUGUUUACCCAAUCCUACUAUCAAUUUCUCUCUCUCUCUCUCUCUCUCUCUCUCUCUCUCUCUCUCUUAAUUCGAGGGUUAAAAGUCAUAGUAGCGUAUCUACAAAAACCCAACUUUUCAGGAGAGCAAAAAACAACUAUGAGUUCACACUCCCUCACUAUUUCUGAGGUCUGUAUUAAUUUCAACAACCUAGAAUUCACAUAUCAAUGUUGUAUGAACCUUGUGCUUCUACCAGUGCAUUCAUUUCGAUGAAUUAUUGAAAAUUCAAAUUAAUAAAAUUGAAAAUGAAAUUUUCUAGUUACGCUAUUAUGACCGUAAUCAAUUUCCAAAAAUGUAUCAUUUUCUGGAGAUAAGCUAUUCUGAGAGUGAUCAGUUAUGAAUAAUAACAAUUAAUUAAAUUGUUCCAUGUAUUUUAUAGAUGUUUAUUGGCAUUCAAUAACAAAGUAUGAGUGAUAUAUGAUAAUAUAUAAAAGUAUAGAAAAUCACAGGUGCCUAAUAAGUAGGUACGGCAUUAUUGAAGGACUAGAAAAUUAAGUACUGAAAUGAAAUUAUAAUGCUCUGAGAAUAACAAAAUAUGAAACAAUAACAUUAAAAAUAAAUUCGAAAAUUCCAGCCUCUUCAAAUGACACUUGAAUCAAACUCGAAAAUGUUACUAUCUUCAAUGACUACAGCCUAUAGAUAUUUAUCACCAAAACUCAUCAUUUCUCAACGUCAUUUUCUUCAAAGGACUGGAUAAGUGAAUACUGAAAUACAAUUAAAAUACUCUGAGAAUGACUGAAAAUCACAUAAUAUUAUGAAACAAUAACACUAAAAUUACAUUGGAAUCUCUCUCAAUUAUUCACUCUCUUCAAUGAAUAUAAUAGGCUAUUUAUCACCAAAGCUUAUCAUUUUAUGCAGGUGGAAAUACAGGUGGUCCAUAACAAUGCUCUCAUAGACCAUGGCAAUUACAGACUGUAUUGUAAUAGGUCUAUAGUUUCUUACACCACCUCGAUCUCCAGAUGUGUAUAUAGGUACCAAGAAACUGUUUUUGAAAUCUCUGGGGAAGACACCAAGCUCCAGCAAGGCAGAGCCAGUAUGGCCAGGUGAAUGGCCAGAACAGAAAAACCUAAUUACAGGAAGGGAUAUUUCAUCAGGCCCAGUUCCUCUGCCAACAUUCAGAGCUUCCAAUCUGCGUUGAAUAUUGAUUGGAGUAAUGCAGCAGGAUGGAACUAACUGGUUUCAACGAAAAUCAAAUGUCGGGACAUUAACCGUGUCCUGCACAAAAAUAGAUGAAAAAUAAUCAGCGAAGAGUUUACACUACUUAUCAACAGGAGUUGCAGCACUUUUUGUGUCCAGUCUCAUAAAAGUAGGUCUGGCUGAGCCUUUUCUCAAACCAUCCACAUGAGUCCAGAAAGAUUUAGAAUUUGUCUAAAAAAAUUCCUCUAAUCCAAGUAAAUAGUUAUUGUAACACCUUCUUGUCAAAACACGACAUUGAUCCCUCAAAUUGCAAAAAACUUCAUAGAGCUGAUUACUACCAAUUGCCUUAUACUUUCUAUGAGCAGUUUUCUUGGCUACAAUCAAUCUUCUCGAUUCAAUGGAACCACUUAGGGAAACUAGAGACAUGAACCCUUCUCAUGAGUGUGAACCUCUUGAUGGUCAAGCUCAUAUACCUACAGAAAUUACUGAAAUGUUCCUCAGCUCUAAUGUUAUCAUCAAAAUUUGCAACUGGGUAACGCAUAUUCUGAAACUCCAAAAAUAUGGAAGCUAAAUCGCACUUGUGAAAAUCAGAUAUUUGUUUUACAUAGCAGGGUUGUGUCCACCUCCUGUUCCAGGAAUAUGUGAUGAGUGCCUUUGAGGAUGCCUGCCAGGUCGAUCGUCUGUAUUUAGACCUCUCAAAGGCCUUAGACAGAGUUAACCACUCUCUCCUGGUUGCCAAACUGGAGGGUUAUGAGGUGCAUGUGUCAUGCUCAAGUGGUUGAACAGCCAUCUGAGGGACAGAACUCUGAUUGUCAGAUAUGAGGGUCAUAUGUCAUCUCCUUUCCUGGCUCCCUCUGGAGUCCCUUAGGGAUCCCAUUUGGGCCCCCUCCUCUUCAACUUGUUUAUGAACAACAUUAAAAGCUUCAUAUCAUCCAUGUUUCUAAUGUAUGCUGAUGAUGUCAAGUUAUUCUACAGGGUAUUGCAAGACUUGGGACAUGAAUCUCUGCAGCAUUCUCUCAACAACUUUGAUUUGUGGUGCCUUGAUAAUGGUAUGGCUCUGAAUGUAACCAAGUGUGUUGUAAUGUCUUUCAAGCAUGGAACAAGUAUACUUGAUUCUUAAUACUCCAUGAGAGGCAUUCCUUUGAAAAGAGUAUGCAGUUUCAAGGACCUUGGAGUGACUAUGACUCAGUCUCUUAGCCCACUGGAUCACAUAAGUGUGAUCACUGGAGAGGCUAGAUCUCUCCUUGGCUUUAUAUUUAGGUCCACCAGGGAUUCUAGUUCUCCCGAGAGUCUCUUGGUUUUGUUCAGGGCUCUUGUUCUUCCAGUGUUGGAAUAUGGCUCUAUUAUCUGGGCACCAUACCAUCUGUACCAGAUUAACCUGCUGCAAAGUGUGCAGAGACGUUUCGUGAAGAUGCUGAGCUGCAGGAUGGGUUUCAAGUACUUUGAAGUUCCUGUGGAGGAGAUUAGGGGACAUUUCCAUCUCCUCCCUUUGGUUCUGAGGUGGGAACACAACGACCUGGUCCUUCUUUUCAAGACUGUCAAUGGAUAUUUGAACUGCCCUGAACUUCUGGCUAGUAUCAACAUCUGUGUUCCAAGAGGAAUGUGCUCAAGGUUCCAUUUUCCGCAGAUGCUCUCACACAAUACAGUACACAAUACACUAUGCCUAUAAUAGUGGGCUUUCUAGAAUACUUCACUCUGGUUGUGAGGCUGCUGCAGCUGACGUUGAUUUCUUUGGGGUGUCCUUGGGCUAUCUCAGGAGAACUAUGAAGAGAUCCCUGCAUGUGUGAUUUUGGUGUUCCCUUCCUUGUUUAUGCCCCUUGUGGUAAACUUCCAUGGGCCUUUUCACUUAUAUAUAAUAUUGUAUGUUAACUAUGAUUCAUUCUGUAUUCUAAUUUUUGUCUUUUAAACUAUCCACAUAGAUAUUUUUUAUUGUUGUAUAUAUUAUUAUUUAUCUAUAUAUUCUUUGCUUGUAUCUCUUUUUAUGUGAAAUUUGUGUUGUACCGUUGGAAGUUGAAUGAAUAAAUAAAUAAAUAAACUUUCUUCCAACUCACAAUAAUCAGUUUCCUUCAAGCAUUUCUUUGCCAACUCACACGAAAAAAACUCCUCUGUUUUUCGUGAUCAUUGAUCAGAAUAAAACACAAACAGGGAAAAAUACAGAAGCUAGUCUGAUUAUCUUGUUAAAUCAAGACUUAUGGGCUAUGAAAGUUAUGUUAGCAUUGAUUUUGUGAGCUUUUUCGCGCUCAAAGUUACUGUCACACUAGCGUAAGUUGACACAUAAGCUAUUAUGUAGGUCACUAACUGAAGCGUAACUGAAGAUAAGUUUUUGUGUCAUUCAGUUUUGUUCAAGUCAAAGAAGCGUAACAGAACAUAUGCUUUUGUGUCAUUUAUUUCAUCACUCGAUUGUAGAUACGAUAUCCACUUAUCUUUCCAAUGGCUAAUACAAUGAGAUAAGCGUGUGUGUCACUAAAUAGACCAUGAAAAGUUAUUUAGAUAGGUCAGAUAAGCUAAAAAACGGAAUUUUGUAGAUACGCUACUAUGACUCUAAACCCUCGAAUUUGAGGGUUAAGUGUAAGAGAGGGCCGGAUGCGCCCUAACUUCGCCCUCCUAUGUUCUUAAUAAAGGCAGCUAAUCAAUCAUUUAAUCUCUCUCCGAUAUUUUUAGAUUUCUUUUAAUCUUUUUCAAUUUUUUUUUAUUUAUUCAUUUUUUUACCUUGAUGUUGACUUUGGGGGUAAGGAGGACUUUGAAUCAAUUGAUGCGUCAUCAAUAAUGCGCUAAAGACUUAUUUUUUUAUCCUACUACCAACUACCAAGUUCCUGUCCACCACCUGUGGUGGUCAUUUUUGUUGAAUGCUCUUUUCAUGUACUGUAUAUAGGGAGUCCUGAUGUCCUCGUUCUUCUAAAACAGUUGUUCCUGUUCAGAAGUCUUAUAAAAUAUAGUAAUUAGAUGGUCAAAAUUACCUUUAUAUAAGAAUAAAUAGUCGAUUCCCUUCGCCUAGAAAAAAUUGUUUUUCAAAUAACUUGAUGUACUCAAACUUGUCAAGUUCCAUACGUUCCAAGAUUUCCUGUCAAUAUUUUCUAUAUUUAUUUUUCAAUUUUCACUAAAUUUUCUACAAUAUAAUAGAUCCCUUUAAUCUGGACCGGAUUAAACAAAGUGUAGACUACUCUUAGGUUUUUCUCAAACAUACUGUGGGAUAAGGAGCACGUUUGCUCAGUAUGAGAGCUUAAACUUUAUUCUAACAUAUUUUAGAUUGAAUCAAGCCAUGCAUUUAUCAAUAAUUAUAAUGUGAUACAGUCAUAGUUGAAACCAAUAACUGUUCCGAUUAAUUUUAAACUUAUAAUGAUUGUGUAAACAGCUCAAGUGCUGGGUUUCAUUACAUCAUUGAUUAGUGUGGAUCAUCUAAGUUUAAACGAAAAUAGAUCAGCUAAUGGAUAAAAUUUGGAUAAUGGAUAUUAAAGAUGUGGAAUAUUAUAAUUAAUGUAACCAUUACUUCUUGUAAUCCUAGAUUAGCGUUAAACUUUGACUGUGCAGUGUUCAUAAUUAUAACCAUGGAAUAAAAAUAGAGAAGUACCUAUGUUUGGUACCAUUCUUAUCUAUGAUGUAGGCCUGACUCGACUCAGGUGAGAUCGAUCAAUACGGAGUCAGUGCAGUACAUUGCUUAGUAUACCCAAGUAUACCAUUUCUAAGUAUAAUUAUAGACAAUAUUGAUCCUAGUUGGUGCAACCAUGAAUACGAAUGUUAACUCAAACCUUGACCAGAAUAAGGUUUUGCCAUAAUUGAAAACGUAUUUAUAGCUGAAAUUUCUUGAAGAAACUGAAUUCCUUGGAAGGUAUUUCCCCAGCUACCGCUACUAUUAUUGCACCGCCUAACUGAGAUUGGUUUUUGCUUUUAUUUUGUGAUUGUGUGAUCUCUUCUAUAAUCUGUAUUUUUCUGUAAAAUAAACUAUAAUAAUAAAAAUUUACAAUGAUAUAUUUUUGAAGUUGAAAUGAAGUCGAUCUGUACCAGUAUAGUAACCAAAAUAAUUCAGAGAGGAUGUUCAAACUCACUCUGACGUUGUUUUUACACGAUGUUUGUCGAUAGACUAGGGAAUAGUAAACUAGACUAUCCAUUGGCACAUGCCAUGUUAUUGUUUUCAUGUUCAGAACACUAUGAUAUCAAUAUUAUAAUAGCAGCGAUAAGCGCUCUAACAAUUAUUAGUAUAUCAUUCAGUUUGGUUUGGGCAACCUCUUUGCUAAUAAUAAUAUAAUUUUUUGUGUACAUUUAAAAUAUGUUGCAUCAAAUAAUGAUAAUAUUGGAAAAAAUCUUAUCAAUCCAGUUGGUAAGUCUGUCAUUCGAUUGGUGAUAAAGUAAAUUGUGUAUGGUUUGUAAGUAUGCAAUAAAUAAUAUAAUUGUUGUCAA